AUGGGGAAAUCCAAGAAAGAAAACAAAAGUAGUAACGCUAAUGAAUCAGUUACACUGAAGAAGGAGGUUUCAGUGUUACAAGGUGUUACAGCUUUACUUAUCAUAAUUGGUUUCGGCCUCUACUAUCUGGGAAAAGGCAAUGUUGAGAGUUUCAAAGAACCCUUUGAAGAUAGCGAAAUAUCACCCGGUGAACUUGCAUUGGGAUUUUACCAAGGGUUUUGGGCUUUUGCUGGUUGGAAUUAUCUCAACUUUUUGACAGGAGAAGUAAAAAAUCCAGGAAGGACACUACCGAUCGUAAUUAUACUCUCACUCACAACAGUAACGCUCAUCUACAUUUUGACCAAUGUGGCCUACCUUGCAGUCUUAUCACCAUUAGAAGUUCUUGCCUCAGAAGGUUCUACUGCAAUAGCUGUGAGCUUUGCAUCAAGAACGAUGGGGGUUGUGAGUUUGGUAAUGCCAGCUCUUGUGGGUGCUUCAGUCUUUGGCAACAUAAAUGGUGAGAUAUUCUCUAUUUCCCGACUAGCAUUUACUGCUGGUGAAGAAGGACAUAUGCCUGCUCUUCUUUCAAUGGUUAAUAUUGACCGUUUAACUCCAAUUCCAUCUAUAUUAAUUGUAGUAACUCUAUCUGUAAUUUUUCAACAGUUCGAUGACAUACUUUAUUUGAUCGAGUUAACGGGUUUUGCUUUCUCUGUAAUGUCUGCGAUGGCUGUUUGCAGCUUACUCUACAUUCGUCGUACAAAUCCUCAAAUGAAUACAUCAGGAUUUAAAUUACCAAUCUUUUUUCCUGUGUUGUAUUUAAUUGUGGACAUUGCGAUUGGAAUCCUUGCAAUCUAUCAAAAGCCGACAGAUUGUGCAAUUAGUAUUGGAGUAAUGUUACUAGGUGUUCCAGUUUACAUUUUUGGGGUGGUAUGGAAGAAUAAACCAAGAUCAAUUAGAUCUUUAAUAUAUGGUGUCACAGUCACUUUCCAAAAAGUUUUAAAAGUUGUUGAACAAGAAAAAGUCUCUGAAAUAUUAGAAUUAGAUGGUCAUUUAAAAUCUGUUGGUGAUCAACUAGAAAUAUCAUAA